AUGGGACGCAAGAGGAGAUCCAAUGGCGCGGCCGCGCCCACAAAGGCCAAGGAGGCUCCGGGAGCGAGCAUCAAGAGGAUUGAGUCGUACGAGGACACGCUGCAGGAGGGCGGCGUUGACGACUACAUGUUCAAGCGGGACCAGAUCAUGAUCGACCCGCACGAAGAGGAGUCUGAUGGCGACAUCGGCGCCGACGGUGACGAGGUCCUGGGCUUGAACGUGCACAAGUUCGGACGUGAUGAGGACGCCGAAGAGGAGUAUGAGGAAGGCGAGGAGGAGUGGGCAGAGCCCAAGCAACUGAAGCGUCUGUCCAAGGCCAAGCCUGACCUCUCGACCAAAGGACGUUUUGGGAAGGAGGAAGAGGACUCGGAUGACUACUCUGAAGACGAUUCCGAGGAGGACUCGGGCUCCGAGUCCGAGGAGGAGGGAUGGGGCCGGCAGUACUACUCGCGUCCUAGUACACGGCGCGAGAAGGAGGACGAAGGUGCGUAUGACGAUAAACGCGAGGAGGAUCGCGAGCUCGAGGAAAAAGAGGUGCGCAAGCUUCAGAAGCGGGCGCGCGAGGCCCUCUCGGGUGCCGAGGACUGGGGUCUCGACGACGUCGAGGUCGAGUACGCUGCUCCGGAGACAGAAGAAGCUGAAGAGGCGCGUGUGGUGGUUGCUGCACCCGAGACGGACGACGCGCCGACACUUCUCCGCCACCUGGCCAGCCACGAGCCUCUCAAGCUUGCACUGGCGCGUGACUUCCCACUCAUCCUCCGGAAGCUUCGCAAGACCAGCGCCGGAAUUGCCAAGAUGGAAGCCGAGGCGCAGGGCGAGGAGACGCUGCACAAGGGCCUCGGAUACCUGCAUUACCAGACGCUGUUGACGUACGCCACCACGCUCGCAUUCUACAUCCACCUGUGCGCGCUGCCUGCCGACGAGCGACCGGACCUCUCGAGCCACCCCGUCAUCAGCCGACUUCUUGAGCUCAAACAGGGCUUGGCUGCGCUCGAGGACCUCGACUUCGAUGCUGGCUCCGUGUCGGACAAGGGCCCUGAGCUGUUCGUGCGCCCCGACGAGGACGAGGACGAGGACAUGGCCGAAGCCAAGCGCGAGCUCAUGGCGCGCAUGCUCGCGGGCGAGCUGCCUGGCGCCGAGGGCAUGACGCUCGACGAGUUCGACAGGAUGGAUGAGGAAGAGGAGGAGGACAGCAACCUCUGGCACCAGGCUGGGCUUGAGGACGACGAGCUCGAUGGAUUGCUCGCGGACCAGGACGCCCCGCUCAAGGCCAAAUCCAAGAAGGAAAAGAAGGAGAAGAAGGAGAAGGAGAAGAAGGGGAAGAAGAAGGAGCGCGGCCGUAAGAAGAAGUCCAAGGCUGCCGAGGACGAGGAGGAGGAUGAGGAGCCCGCACCUGUUGCCUUCACGCCACUCGCCGAGCCCGAGUUCAUCGCAACCAAGAAGAAGAGCAAGAAGGCGCCCAAGCUGUCGGCCGAGGACGAGACCCUGGGCGACCUGCUGGAGCUCACGGACGCGGACGCGGGGGACAAGGAGCACCGCAAGCGCUCGCUCCAGUUCCACACCCAGAAGAUCAACAGCAUGGCGAACCGCCGUUCUGCUGCGCGCGACCGCCGCGCAGGUGGCGACGACGACAUUCCCUACCGUUCUCGCCAAGCUGCGCGGGACGCUGCGCUUCGGAAGAACGCACCCAAGGGCGACGGUGGAGAGGACCUCGGUGGCGAUUGGACCGAGAGCGACCGCAAGCGCGCACGCGAGGUGCGCGACGAGGAGGGCGAGGGAGCAGACGAGGCCGAGGAAUACUACGACCUCGUGAAGCGGCGCAAGGUUGCCAAGGACGCUGCCAAGGAGGAGGCUCACGAAGACUUCCGCGAGGCCAAGUUUGCUGCUUUCGAGGACGAGAGCUCCGAGGGUCCGCGUGGGGUGUCGCGUGCUAUCGAGAAGAACCGUGGUCUCACGCCACGCCGGUCCAAGACGGGUCGCAAUCCGCGUGUCAAGAAGAAGCUCGCGUACGAGAAGGCCAAGCAGAAGGUCGGGAGUCAGCGGGCCGUGUACAAGGGCGGACAGGCGGCCCAGAGUGGCGCGUAUGCCGGCGAGAAGAGCGGCAUCACGACCGUGUCCAAGUCGCGCAAGUUCUAG